AUGGCGCCACCUCCGGCCCAGCCUGACUGGCACAACUGCUCAGGGAGUUUUGCUGUAAAUGUUUCAUUGUUAAUGGGGCUGGUAGCCGCACUACCCAGGAGCCGGCCCGCCCUGCAUGAGAAGAGACACUGGCGCUUUAUCCCCGGGGUGUCGGCCAUGUUGGGAAUAGGAGGAAGGCCCCAUAUUUCCUCUAUAUUUGCCUGCUGCUUAUUCUUUGUAUUUGGGUACAUCUAUAGGGGUCUGUGGACCAACCCUUUGGAGAUGUUUUCUCCUCUGGCCCCCAAAGGGCAUUUUUCGGUCCAAAGCAAUCGGGUUUCUUCUACAGAACUGGAACAAGAACUUCAGACCCUGAUGAAGGUGAUUGAGUGGCCGGCGCCUCCGGGCCCCACAGAGUAUAAUUUCUCCACCAGUCCAUUGACCACAGAGUUCCAGCUGCUGUUCCCACGUGGCGCCUAUUAUGUUGGAGAAUAUGUAGAAGUUCUCAUCACAGCGCGGGACCACGGGGGCCGACCAAAAGCCUACGGAGGGGAUUACUUUCAGGCCAAACUGCACUCCCCAACGCUGAAAGCAGGAGUAACCGGCUCAGUCACAGACCAUAGGAACGGCACCUACACGGCCUCCUUCCUGCUGCUCUGGCCGGGGCAAGUGGAGAUCUCCAUAAUUCUUGUCCAUUCAAGUGAGGCCAUAGCCGUCCUCAAAGACAAGAGGGAGACGCGUCCUGACAAGGUUUGAGGAACCUAAAUGCUGUACUGAAACAGGUCUACUUC